AAUGGGAAAUGCUAAAAUCAGAGCAGGAAACGGCUCGGACCGAGGCAGAAAGAUUGACUCAAAAUUUUGAACGCCGCGAAAGGGAAGAGCAAGAAAAGUUGCGUCAAGAGGCAGAGCAAAUAAAUCAAGCCAAGAAUUCGGCAGCGGAAGAAGAGGAAAAGAGAUUAACCAGUUUAAUCACUAAUUCCAAAGCCGCUGAGGAACAAGAAUUAGCACGGGCAGAAACCCAAAAACAAGCAGAAAAAAUGCAAGAUAAUUUUCGCUCCCUCGCUGCCGAAAAAAUUGAUAUUGAAUUUAAUAAUUUAAAAAGGCUUAUUGACAACGAAAAAUUAACCGAGCGAGAAAUAACAAUAACUGAUUAUGAUACUUU